CUUCAAAAGCCACACGCUUCACUCUCACUCUGCCUCCUCCCUCCAAAACCCUAACGCCCCCAAACCCAAAGCGCCGCCGAAGAAGCCAUGCCUCCCAAAUUCGACCCCUCUCAGGUCGUCGAUGUCUACGUCCGAGUCACCGGAGGCGAGGUCGGCGCCGCCAGUUCGCUCGCUCCCAAGAUAGGUCCUUUGGGUCUCUCCCCCAAAAAGAUCGGAGAAGACAUCGCUAAGGAGACUGCCAAGGACUGGAAGGGCCUGAGAGUCACCGUCAAGCUCACCGUGCAGAAUCGUCAGGCCAAGGUCUCCGUCGUCCCCUCCGCCGCAGCGCUUGUCAUCAAGGCGUUGAAGGAGCCGGAGCGCGACAGGAAGAAGACUAAGAACAUCAAGCACAGUGGGAACAUUUCGUUGGACGACGUGAUCGAGAUUGCUAAGGUGAUGAGGAACAGGUCCAUGGCGAAGGAGUUGGCCGGGACCGUGAAGGAGAUUCUGGGCACUUGCGUUUCGGUAGGGUGCACCGUAGAUGGCAAGGACCCGAAGGAUCUUCAGCAGGAGAUUGCCGACGGUGAUGUCGAAAUUCCCUUGGACUGAUGAGCUAUGUUUUUGGUUUUAUAUAAUGUUAGUCAGUUUUUGGGUUCUAUAAAAAUUUCAUAUUUUUGGGUUUUAAUUCUAAAUUGGUUUCCCAGUUAUGAAUUUCUAUAGAGCAUUGAAAUCGUUGGUCGAAUUCGGAGCUGUAAUGCCUUAGUGUUAAUUUAUGAACCUGAUUUUGUUGCUUAAUGUUGAAAUGCAUUUUCUUUGUGCUCA